GAUCCCAUGGCUUUUUCAAAGACAUUCGUUGCUUGCCUCUUUCUCUUGGUUAUUGCUGCUCGACUUGUUGAAUCAGAUGAAAUCUUAGAGAGCGGAGGACGAAGUCUGCUGUCUUCCAUUGACUGCGCUGCGAAAUGUGAAGUGCGAUGCAGCAAGUCAUGGAAGCCAAAAAUGUGUCACAAAACAUGCGAGACUUGCUGCCACAGGUGCAACUGCGUCCCCUCCGGCACUUCAAUGGAGACUCGCUCAGAGUGCCCUUGCUACGCCCAGAUGAAGACCCAUGGAAACCGCCUCAAAUGCCCUUAAUUGAAACAAUGCUAAUAAAUUAGCCUUUUUUUUGUGUGAGAUUGUGUGAGUGAAUGGAACUAAUGAAGAUGGUGAUCGUAAAUUCGUAA